CCAGAGUGCUAGGAUUACAUGCGUGAGCCACCAGGCCUGGCCUGGUAUCCUCUUUAUGUUGGUAAUUGGCAUGAGGUCCUUCUGUUGUUCCAGCAGUCCUCUUGCUAGGAGUUGGCUGAUUGAGUGAUUGGGAGUGGAAAGUACAAAUGAGAUCAGGUUGAUUACUCUGUUUCCCACUCCUGAUUUUUGUACCUGCUGACUCAAAGCUGGGCAUUUCUCCAGUGCCUGCAGGGAAAAGGGCUCUGCCUCUCUGCACUCCUUUGGCCUUGCAUGUCCUAGGAAGUGGCCAGCUUUGCUCUGGUCUGUCUUGUAAUACAAUUUCCUCCGCUUUCUCUCUGCCGUCUAGAAAAUGGCCAGUAUUUAAAUAGACUGUGGCCCUCAGACCUUUUCAUUACUAUUAUGCUGUGAUUCCCUCAUGAAUGAAUGUCUGUACUGUUAUAUCACUGGGAUUUGGGGAGGAUGGGGAGGUAAGUGCAUAUGCCUAUUUUUAGCCUGUCAUCUUGAAAGGAAGCUCCUUCAUGCCAUACCAUUGCUGACACGAGGACUGCUUGCUACUCCCUUUUCUCUGUUGGCUUAAUGACUGAAUGGGUUUACAAUUGUUGUCUGUAUUCACAAAUCCUAGCUGUCAAUCUUUAGUCAAAUAGGAAAAUUUUAGUUAAUUCAGGGAUUAAAUUUCUCCUUGUAGCUACUAGGUCCAUUUUAAGAAGAAGUUAGACAUCACUGAAGCACUUGAUGCUUCCUACCCUGGGAUAGAUAGGUUUGUGUUGGGUUCAGGGGUUGCCUAACUUUACAGCAUCUUUCUUCUUUCUCUAACUUUUUUCCAGACAAACAGAAAUAACAAGGCCUGUUUACUUUUGCUUGUUUUGUGGGGAUGAUGAUAACAACAUCAAGCAUUUAGUACCUAAUAUAUGCCAGAUAUUAUUCUAAGUGCUUUAUGUGAAUGAACGCAUUUAACUCAAUAACAGUAAUUACUGCGUUUUUUGUUUUGUUUUCUUUUUCUAAAGUUUUCUUUCUAUUUUCCUAACUGCUAGACUAUAUGGGAAGUAAUUACUGUUAUUAUCCCUAUUUUACAGACAAUGAAACUGAGGCAGAGAGAGGUUAAGGAACUUGCUCAAGGUCACAUAGCUGGAAAUGACUUAGAGGCCUUACAAAUACAUCUGUGCAUUCUUGCUUCAGACUUCACAAUUGAGGGCCAGCCCAGUCUGGAAGCACCUCUUAUUAAUGUUACAAGGAAACCGCUACCUCAGCAAACAAAAGGAAAGGAGGAGAAGACUUAUAAUAACAAAUGCCAUUUUUAAAAAAAGUUUGUUUUCAGAAAACAUUAGAGGAAAUUUGGAAAUUUUUUGCAUUGCAGAGACAAAGCUUUACAGGUAAAUGGAUUUGACAGGCAGGCUCUGUCAAAAUUCUGCAGAGGUUUGAUCUUCCUUCCUAAGGACUUUGUUUAAAGUAAUUCCGUACUGCUUUUUAAAUUGCUGUUGAUCAGCUUGUGGGUUUUUGGGUUCUAACUUUUUGGUAUGUUGAAGAUACAUUGUAUUACAUUAUAUUACAUUUUUAAAGGUUAAGUUAUUUUUCUGCCAUUGUAAAUACAAAUAUGGAAAUAUUCUUGCAAAGCAAUUAUAAGUAAACAUUUUUCUCAGCAAGCAUAUCUUUUUAUUGAGAGAGUGGAAUGCUAAACAGUUCUUAUGUAGCAUUUUGGACACACUUUUAUUUUUUGUCAGAGGUCCUGCCUACACUGAAAAUAUUAGUUAUAUAAACCUGUUGUCCUUCUCACAUCUACAUUGGAUCACGUCACCUGCCUCAUGGAAAUGCCUUUUUUAAAACUUAGAUUUGCAGAACUCCACUAUUUUUAUACCUAGCUACCACUUUGGGAAAAAAAAAGAAUCAGAACCCUGACCUACUCAGGGUCACUGGGACAGUCUCUCUCCCGUAUGUAUUGCUGCAGUGCCCAGGACAGUAAAAUGGACUACAAGCGGCGCUUCUUGCUUGGCGGGUCCAAGCAGAAGGUGCAGCAGCACCAGCAGUACCCGAUGCCCGAGCUGGGCCGAGCACUGAGUGCUCCCCUGGCAUCUACAGCCACCACUGCCCCCCUGGGCAGUCUGACCGCUGCAGGCAGCUGCCACCACGCCAUGCCCCACUCCACUCCCAUCGCCGACAUCCAGCAGGGCAUCUCUAAGUACCUGGAUGCCCUCAACGUCUUCUGCCGUGCCAGUACUUUCCUCACAGAUCUUUUCAGCACUGUGUUCAGGAACUCUCACUACUCAAAGGCGGCCAUGCAGCUCAAAGACGUGCAGGAGCACGUCAUGGAAGCAGCCAGUCGGCUGACCUCGGCCAUAAAGCCUGAGAUCGCCAAAAUGCUGAUGGAACUCAGUGCUGGGGCUGCAAACUUUACCGAUCAGAAGGAAUUCAGUCUGCAGGACAUUGAGGUGUUGGGGCGAUGCUUCUUGACAGUGGUGCAGGUCCAUUUCCAGUUCUUGACUCACGCAUUACAGAAGGUCCAGCCAGUGGCUCACUAUUGCUUUGCCGAAGUGGUUAUGCCAGAAAAAAAGAGCAGCAGCAGUGGAGGCAGCUUAUCUGGCACGGGACACACACCUGAACUGGAGGAAGCUGUGCGAUCCUGGCGGGGUGCUGCCGAGGCAACAUCUAGACUAAGAGAAAGAGGCUGCGAUGGUCGCCUGGCAGGAAUUGAAGUUCAGCAGCUCUUUUGUUCUCAAAGUGCAGCAAUUCCUGAGCACCAGCUAAAAGAACUGAACAUAAAAAUUGAUAGUGCUUUGCAGGCAUAUAAAAUAGCUCUGGAAAGCUUAGGCCACUGUGAAUAUGCAAUGAAAGCUGGCUUCCACCUGAAUCCAAAGGCAAUUGAAGCAAGUUUACAGGGCUGCUGCAGCGAGGCGGAAGCCCAGCAGACGGGGCGAAGGCAGACACCCCCGCAGCCCAUGCAGUGUGAGCUUCCCACCGUCCCCGUGCAGAUAGGAUCGCACUUCCUGAAGGGUGUCUCCUUUAAUGAGUCGGCCGCCGACAAUCUGAAACUAAAGACGCAUACGAUGUUACAGCUGAUGAAGGAAGCCGGCUGCUGUAAUGGAAUCACAUCCAGGGACGAUUUUCCAGUGACUGAAGUCCUGAACCAGGUGUGCCCAUCCACGUGGCGGGGGGCCUGCAAGACCGCUGUGCAGCUGCUGUUUGGCCAGGCCGGACUGGUGGUAGUCGACACAGCACAGAUUGAAAAUAAAGAAGCCUACGCCCCCCAGAUCAGUUUAGAAGGCUCCAGAAUCGUGGUUCAAGUCCCGUCCACAUGGUGCCUGAAAGAAGAUCCUGCUACCAUGUCGCUCCUGCAGAGAAGCCUUGAUCCUGAGAAGACCCUGGGCCUGGUGGAUGUGCUCUACACUGCUGUGCUGGACCUCAGCCGCUGGAGAGCAGGGAGGGAACAAGCUUUACCCUGCAUACAGAUCCAGCUUCAAAGGGAGAUCUGUGACUUUGGGAAUCAGGCUGACCUGCCUUCUGGAAAUGGAAACAAAUCUUCGGGUGGCCUGCAGAAGACAUUCUCCAAACUGACCUCCCGGUUCACCAAGAAAGCUUCGUGUACCAGCUCUAGCAGCAGCACCAAUUAUUCCAUCCAAAGUACCCCUUCCAAAAGCAUCUUCAUAGCUGGGUGUUCAGAAGAGAAGGCCAAAAUGCCCGGUAACAUUGACGCAAGGUUACAAAACAUUUUGAAUAUUGGUAAUUUCCCUAGGACUACAGACCUUUCCCAGUCAGCUCAGAAUUCCAGUAAUCCAAUGGCCAAUGGUUUUCUCAUGGAGAGACGUGAGACCUUCCUGCACGGGGACGAUGGCAAGGACGAGAAGGGUAUGAACUUACCAACAGAUCAGGAAAUGCAAGAGGUAAUAGAUUUUCUCUCAGGCUUUAACAUGGGCCAGUCACAUCAGGGCUCUCCGUUGGUGACAAGGCGUAAUUCUGCUGCCACAGCCAUGGGGACUGAGCAGAAGGCAGGAGCCAUGCAGCCGCAGCAGCCGCCGCUGUCAGUGCCCCCACCACCACGGCCACCCCAGGCGGGGGCACACACACCUCUGACACCCCAGCCGGGCCUGGCACCUCAGCAGCAGUCCCCAAAGCAACAGCAACCCCAGGUCCAAUACUACCAACACCUACUCCAACCCAUUGGAUCGCAGCAGCCCCCACCCCAGCCUCGGGCACCCGGGAAGUGGGGACAUGGCUCAUCCCAGCAGCCGGCACAGACCGUUGGGGCAGGUCUGUCUCAUCUUGGUCAGUGGCCUGGCAUAUCCGAUCUCAGUUCUGACUUGUACAGCUUGGGUCUGGUGAGCAGCUAUAUGGACAACGUGAUGUCGGAGGUUUUGGGACAGAAGCCGCAGGGACCUAGAAAUAAUACCUGGCCAAACCGUGACCAAAGCGACGGAGUCUUUGGAAUGUUGGGAGAGAUCCUGCCUUUUGAUCCUGCAGUGGGUUCAGACCCGGAGUUCGCACGCUACGUGGCAGGAGUGAGCCAGGCAAUGCAGCAGAAGCGGCAGACCCAAACCGGUCGCCGUCCAGGCAACCCCCGGGGCAACUGGCCACCCAUGGACGACGCCCACCGGACCUGGCCUUUCCCGGAGUUCUUUACAGAAGGGGAUGGCCUGCACGGCGGCUGGUCAGGUGCUCAGGGAGACUCCGCCAGCUCGAGCGAUGAGACGUCCUCGGCCAAUGGAGACAGCUUGUUCUCCAUGUUUUCAGGGCCUGAUCUCGUUGCUGCUGUCAAGCAGAGAAGGAAACACAGCAGCGGAGAGCAGGAGACUGGUACGCUGCCCUCGCCGCCUCUCCUUACUACGAUAGAGGACGUGAACCAGGAUAACAAAACCAAAACGUGGCCACCCAAAGCACCCUGGCAACACCCGUCCCCGAUGCCCAGCACACUGCCCAGCCCAAGCACGCCACUCUAUGCCGUCGCCAGCCCCGGCAGCCAGUGGAACGACACCAUGCAGAUGCUGCAGUCUCCAGUGUGGGCUGCGGCCAGCGAGUGCAGUGCCGCCUCCUUCUCCUACGUGCAGCCCCCACCACAGCCCCCACCCCCACCGGCGCACAAGGCAGUGCCCAAGGGCUUCAAGGCUUUCCCCGGGAAGGCCGAGCGCAGGCCAGCUUACCUGCCCCAGUACUGAUCCAGGGCCAGCCUGCUUGCGUGCCCAGAGCUGCUGGGGUGAGUGUCCCCGCCCUAGGGCCAACUAGCUGACACCAGCCCCCUAGAGGACCAGUGUACCCCUGUCCCAGGGAGAAUUCCUUGGGGACAGGGUGGUUGGCAGCUCCAAGCCUUUGAAGCCUGGGUUCCAAAUUUGGAGGCAUCAGACCCCUGGAGAGCCAGCUGUAGACAGAGGUUUCUCCCUCAGGAUGCUGGGGAGUCUGCAUGCUUAGUAAGCACCUCACAGGGUUCUGAUGCAGGCAGCCAGCGGCCACACUUUGAGAAACACAGCUCGUGGGUUUUUAGUCCUGCUGUGUGUUGGGAAGGCAUCAGGCCUGAAGGCUUAGAGCAAAACUGACCAUUCUUCUGAAACCCUCACCUCCUCCUCCUCCCUUCACACCUUGAGUGAUGACCACACCAAUCACUGUAUUUUAUAGCUAUUUUUUCACGUAGGUUUUUAGUUAAAACAUCUCCUGCCUAACACGCAUUGAAUAUUUUAAGGUAACAGAUAUACUGGCUGGAGGUUUGUUCAACACUAUCUUUAUUUAAGCUUAUAUAAAAUGGGCAGAGUGUAGAGUAUUUGUGAGCAGAAGCAGCCACCGGGGUUUACUGUGGGUGGGCAGCCCCUUGCUGCCCCAGCAGCACCCGGGGGAGUGCAGCCUUUACCAGAUUCGCAACAGCAGGAUUGUAAAACUAAUGUCGGAGGCGUACUGCCGCAGGCGCGUGGAGGUGAGCCAGCUGCUGCCGUCUGCGCAGGAUAGAGCGCAGGCUACGUCCUCAGAGCAUAAAGUGUGGUCAGGGGCUGCACAGAGAUGCCUGCACUCGAAACUGCAGUAACAUUGUGAGCUGGCUCAGAAGACAAACCAAUUAAGAUGUAGAUAGAAAUUAAUUUAAAGUCUUUUCUUAAAAAAAAAAACAAUCCACCUCAUUUUCAGUUAACAUGUGCCAUUAAAAUAGAUAACAUCCUGUGGAUUUAGGAGUAUUUUCCAGCCAGAAUGGAUCCAGAAGAAUUGAAUGGUGCUUAAAUUGAGAAAUAAUAAUAAAUAUCUCUAUAUAGAGUAGACAUAUCCCACUGUAUAUUAAUUGAGGUUACAGAAAGUUCUUUAUAUAAAACUUAUUUAAAUUUUUCAUAUUUCAUCUUUGAAAAAUUCUAAUUGAGAAAAAUCCAUAAUAUUUUCUGGUAUGAAAGUUUGACAGUAUUAAUAUUUUUUUUUAUAUUUUCUUAAGUCAUUAAACCAUUUUAAUAUAUGUUAACUACUAAUAAAUGGUUUAUUCUUUCUAGCUCCAUAUAAGCUUUUCCAGCAAAGAUUGUAAUAACACAUUUAUGUUCUCAUUUUUCUACAGAUAUAAGUAAAUUUAUAUUUAAAAAUACCAAAAAGAAUAAAUAUAUAUAUGUAUGUACACACACACGCGCACACACACACAUACACACUAAUUAUAGAGGACCCUGAGGGUGUCUGAGCCCAGCCACCUGAAUUUUUAGUACUGUGUCGUCGGGCUGUUUCCAGGCCUUGGGUGUUGUCUUUUGUGCUGUGUGGGGAUGCCAUUGCUGCCUGUAUUUAUGAUCUUCACCGUGGUUCUGACAUUCACCUCACCAUGUUUACAGAGAACUAUUUUGUAUAUAGACCUUUUCAGGCACGUGCUUUGCACCAACCCCGUGUGGCUCUCGUCUGUGUUAGCUGUCACAGUGUGCACACUAAUCUCUGUUAAAGUUGUUUGUGGCUGUUUUCCUUGUAAGAUAGUUUUCUAUUUCCUUCGGUAACGUGUCCACAGUACCCUGUAUUUCGAGUUCUAUUAUACUGACGUACUCUUGUUUUAAUAGUGCCUCCCCAAAGACCUCACCUUGGACAGAGGUCGGUCCUUGAUGCCCCCAGCGCAGUUGACAUUGUUAAUUGUCACUUUCCAGUUUGUUCUUCUCUAUUAAGGAAGACAUUUUUUAAUUGCAUCUCCAUGGCAGUGAGACUGUGUGAAGCUGUCUGUGUGGUCUCUAUGUAGGUGCUGCGUUCCCAGCACCACCUUGCUCUGAACACUGGUAAUUCCAGGUGCUGCGCUCGGCAGAGGGGUCUCGCCAAAGCGCAUGUGUGUGCGUGUGUGAAUAUGUGUGUCCUUCGCAUGGCCGGGCGUGGCUGCCUUGCUCGGGCAUCAGCAGGACAUCGUGUGAAUAGUUACAAUGCUUCCAAACUGGAACUCUACAUUUUGUAUCUUUUAAAGCUCCUAUAAGUAAAAUAACUAUUGGCUUUAUUAAAAAUAUACAUUUAAUAAUA